AUUCUUGGAAUCACUAUCAAUCCCAAUGUAUCUUCUCGUUGUACUAUACUCGUUACCACCAAGCUUCGGCCGACCGCACGACAUCUCUUCGAUCACAUAUCAAUCUUUGCCGCCAUAAGGCUUGAAUUCCCUCCCAUCUGUCUCUCACAGCGCACGCGCAAAGCUGCUGAUCGGCGUUUUUGUGAACAGCAAUGGUGGAACGGGGCGGUGGGGAUUUGCUUGAGCGGCUUGGGCCUGACCUCUCCGCCGCUGUUCUACGGUGUCUGGAUGACCCGACCGAUCUCGUCCGCUCGGCCUCCGUCUCCCAAUCAUGGCACCGAUUUGUUAUUACAAAUGGCUUUUGCAAAAAGUUAUGCUUAAGAACGACUCCAGAGGUAUCAUGUUUUGUACGUUCGAUUGAAGUAGGCGGUUGGUCAGAUACAAUAAAAGUUGGACCUAACUGCUCUGACCAUUGGCAGACGCUGGAAAGCGAGCACAGAAUUUUUGCUUAUUUAGGUCACCGCAUUGUUUCACCCAGGUUUUUAACAGAAAUUACUAUGGAAUCGAUUUAUGUUUCCCCCUCUACUGAUAGGAUUGAGAAUAUGUUGCGAAAUACUCUAGGUCUGUAUAUGUUCUCUUCUUAUCGGUUUAGCAAGGGAAAGUCCUUACUAAAUUUCAGGUUGAGUUGCAAGUUUUGUGUUGUUCAUGAGAUAAAAAUGCAACUACCGGAAGUGUUCGACUUUUGUGAACCCAUAAGUUCACCUCUAGAAAUUCUGCGUUUUAGACUUGGCCAUAUGAGGGAUGAGAAUGCAACCCCUGAAGAAUCUUUGUUGGGGAACUUCGUUUGGACAUACGUUUCUCCAGAACUUUCAACAAUAGAGACUGAUUAUUUUCAAUCUUUCAAGCUUCAAAGACCAGUCAUCUGCAUUGAUGGAGUUUUACAAAUUGAAAUGUUGAGCAGGGAUCCUGCUUAUGAGUUACCGGACUUAUGUGAUUCUCAAGUUAAAGCAAUAGUAAGCCCUCUUGCACCAGCAUUCGAUGUGAACCUUCUUGACAGAUUGGGAAAUUCAAUUUUGUUGUAUUUCCCUCGUGCUGUAGAGUAUCUAGAUGAUGUUACUGCUCAACAGCCUCGUCGCUCGUCGCGAUGGAAACCAUGGAUGAAAGUAAAAAGGCGAAAAAAGAAUAGGUGGAAUCAUGAUUCUGAGUAUAGAUAGAACUGAAGUGUGUGAAGUGCUUUUUCCAAGUCAUGAAAACUAUUGUUUGUAUGCCAUAUGAUUGGAUGAUCAUUGUUUUCAGUGUCUAUCAUUGGAUUUAUUUGAUCAAUGUGAUUUAAAUGUUUUAGGAUGAAGUAUGAUAUCUCGAAUUUUUGUACUUAUUGGAAAUCUAUUAAGCUAUGCUACUUUUAUAAA